GCCUGAGACACUCACCAUGGGAACACCCACCAGGAAAAAGACAAGCUUGCUGCUGCUGGUUCUGGCCACAGUGGCCCUGGUCUCCUCUCCAGGAUGGAGUUUUGCCCAGGGAACCCCAGCUACUUUUGGACCCAUCUUUGAAGAGCAACCUGUUGGCCUGCUAUUCCCAGAGGAGUCUGCAGAGGAUCAGGUGACACUGGCGUGCCGUGCCAGAGCUAGCCCUCCAGCCACCUAUAGGUGGAAGAUGAACGGCACAGAUAUGAACCUGGAACCUGGCUCCCGACACCAGCUGAUGGGGGGCAACCUGGUCAUCAUGAGCCCGACCAAGGCACAGGAUGCUGGUGUCUACCAGUGCCUAGCCUCCAACCCAGUAGGGACUGUCGUCAGCAAGGAAGCUGUCCUCCGCUUCGGCUUUCUACAGGAAUUCUCCAAGGAGGAGAGAGACCCCGUGAAAACCCACGAGGGCUGGGGGGUGAUGCUGCCCUGUAACCCACCUGCCCACUACCCAGGUCUGUCCUACCGCUGGCUUCUCAAUGAGUUCCCCAACUUCAUCCCAACGGAUGGGCGUCACUUCGUGUCCCAGACCACAGGAAACCUGUACAUCGCCCGGACCAAUGCCUCAGACCUGGGCAACUACUCUUGUCUGGCUACCAGCCACAUGGACUUCUCCACCAAGAGUGUCUUCAGCAAAUUCGCACAGCUCAACCUGGCUGCUGAAGAUCCCCGGCUCUUUGCUCCCAGUAUCAAAGCCCGGUUCCCCCCAGAGACCUAUGCACUGGUUGGGCAGCAAGUCACCCUGGAGUGCUUUGCCUUUGGGAACCCUGUUCCCAGGAUCAAGUGGCGCAAAGUGGACGGUUCCUUAUCCCCUCAGUGGGCCACAGCAGAGCCCACCCUGCAGAUCCCCAGCGUGAGCUUUGAAGAUGAGGGUACCUAUGAAUGUGAGGCAGAGAACUCCAAGGGCCGUGACACAGUCCAGGGACGCAUCAUUGUGCAAGCUCAGCCUGAGUGGCUAAAGGUGAUCUCAGACACAGAAGCUGACAUUGGCUCCAACUUACGUUGGGGCUGUGCAGCAGCAGGCAAACCCCGGCCCAUGGUGCGCUGGCUGAGAAACGGGGAGCCUCUGUCAUCCCAGAACCGGGUGGAGGUCUUGGCUGGGGACCUGCGAUUCUCUAAGCUGAGCCUAGAAGACUCUGGCAUGUACCAGUGUGUGGCAGAAAAUAAGCAUGGCACCAUCUAUGCCAGUGCAGAGCUGGCAGUCCAAGCUCUGGCCCCAGACUUCAGGCAGAACCCCGUGAGGCGGCUGAUCCCGGCGGCCCGAGGGGGGGAGACCAGCAUCCCGUGCCAGCCUCGAGCAGCACCGAAAGCUACAAUACUUUGGAGCAAGGGUACUGAGAUUUUAGGGAACAGUACCAGAGUGACCGUCACUUUGGAUGGCACCUUGAUUAUCAGAAACAUCAGUCGGUCGGAUGAAGGCAAAUAUACCUGCUUUGCUGAGAACUUCAUGGGCAAAGCCAACAGCACCGGGAUCUUGUCUGUGCGUGAUGCAACCAAGAUCACUCUAGCUCCUUCAAGUGCUGACAUCAACGUGGGUGAUAACCUGACCCUACAGUGCCAUGCCUCGCACGACCCCACUAUGGACCUCACGUUCACCUGGACCCUGGAUGACUUCCCUAUUGACUUUGAUAAGCCUGGAGGUCACUACCGGAGAGCCAGUGUGAAAGAGACCAUUGGAGACCUAACUAUCCUGAAUGCCCAGCUACGCCAUGGAGGGAAGUACACAUGCAUGGCCCAGACAGUGGUGGAUGGUGUAUCCAAGGAGGCCACAGUCCUGGUCCGAGGUCCCCCCGGCCCCCCAGGGGGUGUGGUGGUGAGAGACAUCGGAGACACCACUGUUCAGCUCAGCUGGAGUCGUGGCUUUGACAACCACAGCCCCAUUGCCAAGUACACGCUGCAAGCUCGGACUCCACCCUCAGGGAAAUGGAAACAGGUUCGGACCAAUCCUGUGAAUAUCGAGGGCAACGCCGAGACUGCCCAGGUGCUGGGUCUCAUGCCUUGGAUGGACUAUGAGUUUCGGGUUUCAGCUAGCAACAUCUUGGGCGCUGGGGAGCCUAGCGGGCCUUCCAGCAGAAUCCGCACUAAGGAGGCAGUCCCCUCGGUGGCACCGUCAGGACUCAGAGGAGGGGGAGGAGCCCCUGGAGAGCUCACCAUCAACUGGACUCCCAUGUCACGGGAGUACCAGAAUGGAGACGGUUUCGGCUACCUGCUGUCCUUCCGCAGGCAAGGCAGCUCCAGUUGGCAGACCGCCCGGGUGCCCGGUGCUGAUGCCCAGUACUUCGUCUACAGCAAUGACAGCAUCCAUCCCUACACACCCUUUGAGGUCAAGAUCCGAAGCUACAAUCGCCGGGGAGAUGGGCCCGAGAGCCUCACUGCGAUAGUGUACUCAGCAGAGGAAGAGCCCAGGGUGGCCCCUGCCAAGGUCUGGGCCAAGGGGUCCUCAUCCUCAGAGAUGAACGUGAGCUGGGAGCCUGUGCUACAAGACACGAACGGCAUUCUCCUGGGGUAUGAGAUUCGCUACUGGAAAGCCGGGGACAAAGAAGCAGCCGCUGACCGAGUAAGGACAGCAGGGCUAGACUCCAGUGCCCGAGUCACCGGCCUGUACCCCAACACCAAGUACCACGUAACUGUGAGGGCCUACAACCGGGCUGGCACUGGACCAGCCAGCCCUUCAGCCGAUGCUAUGACCAUGAAGCCCCCGCCACGACGACCUCCUGGCAACAUCUCCUGGACUUUCUCAAGCUCCAGUCUCAGCCUUAAAUGGGACCCCGUGGUUCCUCUCCGAAAUGAAUCUACAGUCACUGGCUAUAAGAUGCUGUAUCAGAAUGACUUGCACCCAACUCCUACACUCCACCUCACCAGCAAGAACUGGAUAGAAAUACCAGUACCUGAAGACAUUGGCCACGCUCUGGUACAGAUUCGAACCACAGGGCCUGGAGGGGAUGGGAUCCCAGCAGAAGUCCACAUUGUGAGAAAUGGAGGCACAAGCAUGAUGGUAGAGAGCGCAGCCAUCCGCCCUGCCCAUCCUGGUUCCAUGUUCUCCUGCAUGGUGGUACUGAUGCUCACUGGCUGCCAGAAGCUCUGAUCUCAACACUGCCUGCCACACCCAAGCUGGACACCCACCCUAACAGACACAGUGGCUGGCCGCAGCCCCCCUCCAACACCAAGGUGGUCCAACACUGUGCCUGAGAGUGGUUGGCUUAGACACCUACUCCCAACAGUACCCUUUAUGUAGGAGGUAGGAUAUUUCUAUUCUGCCACAGGAUAGAACCAUGCAAGGAAUUUUUCUUUAAAUCAAGAGGCACUGGGCAGUGACUUCCAUGAUAAUAAUGGGCUUAAUGCCUGCACCCCUUGGGGUC